AUGAGUAUCGCGAUCUCUUGCCCCGCAAAGCAAAUCUCUUGCUCUCGCGUCAUUGUGCUGCAAUCUUUUGAUAACGUGAAGUUUAUCGUAGACAAGGAGGAACUCGAAAUCGAUACCAGUGGAUUUCCGCCUGCUACUACUCCAUCCUACAUCGGAGAGGUGUCUUCUCUUCCCGAACGCUCUCACGUCCUGAACAUCCUCUUCCAAUAUGUCGGCACUCAGAGUCAUCGACCUGUGCUGGAUCAAAUCGAGUUUGCGCUGAUAAUAAAGGUCGCCGAAGCCGCGGAAAAGUACGAGGUGCAUAAAGCAAUUACUGCCGUUCAAUUCGAACUUAGGAAGUUCCUCAAGAGCAACUCACGAGAACUUCUAUACUUUGCCCUGACGUAUUGGAAUCCACAACUCGUUGAAGAAGUUGCUCCUUUCAUGAUUAAUACACCAUUGCAAGAGAUAGAAACCCUUAUGAAGCAUUGUCCUCGUCUAUUCAUGAAAUGGGCAUCUCGAAAGAAUGACGAAGAUCGCUGGAGGGUGUUAUUCUCAUAUGGCACAUUCGUGCCCGACAUAGUCCCCGUGGAUCCUUUGAAUGGCCUCCACUUGUCAAUGCCGAGGAAAUUCUUGGAGUUUUUACAAUAG